ACAUGGUAGCAAGGUGUGAAGCAACCUUCCUGGAAUGUGUUUCUUCAGGAAGAGAAGAGAUCACAGCCUUAUUUUAUGGAUGUCACUGAAGUAGACUUUGAAGUUCUUUGGAAACACGUCACAAACUUGGCAUGGGAAACCACAGCAACAAUCAUACCUGUUUGACAGAUGAUUCCUUUAAGUACAACUUGUAUGGAGCUGUGUACAGCGUGGUCUUCAUCCUUGGUUUGAUUACUAACUGUGCCUCCCUCUUUGUUUUCUGCUUUCGAAUGAAAAUGCGAAGUGAAACAGCCAUUUUCAUGACAAACUUGGCUGUUUCAGAUUUGCUUUUUGUGUUCACGUUGCCUUUUAAAAUUUUUUAUAAUUUCAACAGGCACUGGCCUUUUGGAGAUAGCCUGUGCAAGAUCUCCGGUACAGCAUUUCUCACUAACAUCUAUGGGAGCAUGCUGUUCCUCACCUGCAUUAGUGUCGACCGUUUCCUUGCUAUUGUCUAUCCAUUCCGAUCUCGCACCAUUAGGACCAGGAGAAAUUCUGCCAUAGUCUGUGCUGGUGUUUGGAUACUGGUCCUCAGCGGUGGAAUUUCAGCCUCAUUGUUCUCCACAACCAACAUUUCCAACACCAGCACAACCUGCUUUGAAGGUUUUUCCAAGCGUAUCUGGAAAACCUAUCUGUCUAAGAUCACUAUAUUUAUUGAAGUGGUAGGAUUCAUAAUUCCUUUGCUACUCAACCUUACAUGCUCUUCUUUAGUUCUCAGGACUCUCCGGAAACCUGCCACCUUGUCUCAGAUUGGGACAAACAAAGAGAAAGUAUUGAAAAUGAUCAUUGUGCACGUGGCCAUUUUUGUUGUGUGCUUUGUGCCUUACAAUUCCAUACUUUUCUUGUACGCUCUUGUGCGUUCCCAAGCAAUAGCAAAUUGCUCCUUGGAGAGGUUUGCAAGGACAAUGUACCCAAUCACACUGUGCAUUGCAACAAUGAACUGCUGCUUUGACCCAUUCAUCUAUUACUUCACAUCAGAAUCCUUCCAGAAGUCCUUCAACAUAAAGACCCAGAUAAAAAUGGAUUCUCUUUUCAAGACUGAGACACCUUUGACAAAGACUGCACUACCAGCACCACAGGAUGAAAUAAGUGACCAGGCUAUUACAAAUGGAGGAGACCCAAUAUCUGAAUCACAUUUCUAGUAAAAUGUUUACACAUUGAGUUCUCCCCCAUUAACUUUUGAUUAAUACCAUGUGUGAAAUAGUUGUUUUAGAAUAUGUGGGUUCACACAUGGUGUGAAUGAAGUUGCUGGGAGAUUAACUACACAGGUAGACAAAUCCUUACACUGGGAUGGUCCCAUCACGCAC